AUAAUAUAAUUUCUGAUUUACAAUUUACAGCAAACCAACUAGGCCUUAGAAUCCGCCUCUCGAGCCGCCGCCGCCGUUUUGUUCCAAGUCACCGCCCCUCACUGGGUAUUUGCGGCGUUGCUGCUCCUCUCCUGGAAGCCACGCCACGCGACGCCCCUUCUGAUCCGCCAGACUUCCACUGAGUCCCUCGAUGGCUAAGGCAUUCAAUGUUCAGAAACUUAUCAAGAAACUUGGGUUUGAAAAAGGGGACUUCUACUUCGUGAAGCAGAUGGGGAAAGCUUUGCUAUGCACCUAUGCUAUCUUUGGUCUUGCUUGGUGGUGUAAUGAAACUAAUGUAUUUGGUUGGUGGAAUAUUCAGAUACGGCCAAAGGAAGAGACAGAGUUGGCCCACCUCUACGAGCGCAUAAGGUAUCCAUAUCCAGGCGACAAAGAGGCAUUUGAUGAGUUUGUUAAAAGUGGCGGAGCCAUUGGCACAACCGUCGGACCCAAAGGAUUUAUAGACAGUGACAAAGAUACGGAAAACCUGCAAAAACAACUGCAAUCUCAAAAAUUUGAACACGAAGCUCAAAAGCUGUGGUUUCGAAUGAGAAAUGAAGUCAUUCAAGAGCUGCAAGAGAAGGGCUUUGACAUGGAAUGAAAUUGUACAGCAAAAGAUGGAUCAGUGCUGAUCUGUAUCGAUUGCUGCUUCUACUUUCUUGCUAAAUUUUCAAACUACCCCAAAAUAAGGUGCGAUAUUCCUUUUCUAACUUAAAUCUUUCUAGUUGAUAUCUACUGUAAUGUAAAAAAUUCUUCUUGUAGCAUUUAAAAUUGUUGCUGCUAUUUAUACUUCGGAAGCUUCCUGCA